AUCAGUGUUUGUAUAGGGAAGGAUUUCUAUUAACAAUCAAAAUUUGUAGCUAGAUUUGGAUGAAGUCAAGUUGAAUUGAUUGUACAUGUAUGUUUUUGCUUUCUGAAAUUUCUCUUGGUUAGAAAUGUAUCAAGCCUUGCAUCAAAUGUGCUACUUUUUGAGCCUUUGAAUUUUAAUCCGUUGCAUAUUUUAAUUAAAAAAUGUCCAGCUGCAAAAAUUAAAAACUUUGAUGUUGGUUGCAUUCUUGAAUUCACCUGCAUGCAGUGUGUUAUGGCGCAAGACACAAAAAAGUGCUUAAAGUGCCGACGUUUAUGUUCCACAGAACCGCCGAUGAAGGAUGAACAAACUGCCGACAGAAAGAGCUUGCACAAGCCAUGCUCAAACUCAUCAACUUGAACUGUGAUCGAGUUCCCGUCAUCCAUGCUGGCGUAAAAUUCAAAAAAUGAAAACAAAGACAGGCCAUCUUCAUCCUAUUGCACCCCUUACUACGUUAAAUUGUGAAAUAUCACUCGAAAGCGAGAGUAGCUCAAAAGCUGGAUUCAGAAAGGCUGUUUUUAAUAUUUUUCGAAGUUUUUGAGGCAAAAAUGAUAUUACUCUCUUUUUGAAUUCAACAAAUUUGGACAUGUAACAAAUAUUUUACUGCAAGGCAACAAAUGAUGCGAUGAUAAGACUAGGAGAGAAGUUUAUACAAUACAGCAGUUUAGACGACAGCAAUUGUGAAAAUAACAAGAAGUAAUUUAUAUCGUACAGUUUAUACAAUGCAAUGUCUCGUGAUGCAUUUCUCGCGAUGAAACAGAGGCUGUCAACGCGGGGUCUUCGGAGGAAAUGAAGAACAGCUGCAUAUAAAGACUGAUACUUCAUUCGAUCGAAUCGGAAAGGACAGCAAGUCAGUUAGCAGCACGGAUAAAGAGGGCGCUUCUUCGCAAGUCCAGAAACAAUGAACGGCACAAAACAGAUAUGUGCUACAAGGUACGAUGGAUACUUAGCGUUUCAGGCAAACUGCAAUGAGCUUGAGAUUGUUUAUCUGGUAUCUGGGUGGCAUCGUACGAGCUUAAUUAGUGUCAUAGUUGCUGACAUUCUCCUGAUUUUACCGGCUGUCAUCCUCAACCUUCUAGUUAUUGCGGUGGUAAAAAAGCACAGAUCCCUGCAGACAGUAUCAAAUAUACUCUUAGCCUGUUUGGCAGUCAGCGACCUUUUAAUUGGUUUGAUUAUGAUUCCGUGUGUCGUAGGCUCGGUAGCAAUCGUUUUGAAAUGCAAAUUGGUGUGCUGGUUUUACAUCGUAACAUUUCAAGUCGGAUAUUACCUCGCCAUAGUAUCUUUUUUGACGUUGACUUUAGUUUCAUUGGAUCGAUACUUUGCAAUAUCAUACCCGUACCAAUACCAGGUGCAAACGGCAUCAGGAAAAACAGUCAAGGUAGUCGUCGCAGCUACAUGGCUCAUAUCGUGUUUUGUCAUUAUUUUGUCAUACGCGUUGCAGAAAAUGCGAUUACCAUCACAGUUUUUUACCGUAUUAGCACCACUCUCUAUUUUCAUAAGCUUCACUACGCAAAUUUGUACUCUAAGGGCAGUGAGAGCCGUACGCAGAAGAGAUGCAUCAACAACUGUACGUGAUUACAAUGUUAAAUCACUUCGCCCAAGCCGUAAAAGCUACAUGCGCGAAAAAGCGACAAGAGUUGCGGCAUUCAUUCUUCUAGCGACCAUCUGCUGCUAUUUGCCCCACGCCGUAUUAACGACGAUACGAACUCUUCGAAAAGAUAUCUUUGCAUUCCAGGGAAUCUACGACUGGACAAAGACUCUGGUGAUCGCAAAUUCAGCGUUAAACCCAAUCAUAUACUGUAUGAACAUAAGAGAAAUGAGAUCGAAAGCGUUUCGUAUGAUUUGCAAUACUCGCAACGCUAGAGUUGACAGUAAAAAAGAUUCAAUGUUCAGUAUGGCUGCCACAAUAAAAGUGGGAAAUCAAAGAUAGAAGACAACAAGUGACGCAAGAAAUAUUCUAUCUCCGAGCAAGAAGCAGAAGAAGGCUGAUGUUUCAUAAAAGAGGACUCGCCUAACCGACUGGAGGGAAAAGUGAGUGAAAAAAUCCCAAAAGACAAGGACACUUUAUGUUUUAUUAGGUACCAUCCCCCGUCGCCCCUCACUGUUCCGUAUAACGUUCGAGGUUUUGUGGCAGUGUUGAUUUCAAUCUAUCAGGAGGUCGCUGUUGGAAAGAAUUGGGCUUUUUAUGUUUUCCUCUCUCUCCCUCUCUGCGGCGCAGGUUUUGUGUUCUUAGAUUUUUACGGAUAAUACUGAACUGGUCGUAUUUUUAUCAGCGUCUAUAAAAUCUGUAAAGAAAAUUUGAACCCUAUUGUGUAACUCAAUUUUCAUUGAAAACCCUGGAAAGAAGCUGAGGGGAAUAUUGUUUGUGAGUGCAGGGAGUUUAUUGAUUAAAGCUGAGAUUUAAAACUUAUAAUAAAAUAUUCACGAGUUUAUACAUCAGUUUGCUGGUUGCAAAAUAAUAUGAUUAAAACACUUUUAGCGAUGCAUUCUUGUCAAUCUCUUCAACCUUUAUACAUGGCAGCAAUAAUCAGUGAGUAUUCUUUGAAAAUUGUCAAAGAAACUUAAAUAGUGCAUAGAACUCGCUGCUCCCAUGAUCUCACAAAUGCUCCGCAAUUUCAACUACGUCAUCAUAGGUAAAGCUGAUAUCAUAAAAAGCAAACAACUCUUUUCUAGCUCAUAGUUUAACAGGGGCGGCGUCAAGAAAUUCAAAGUUAGGGCAUGCCUUUUCAGACUUAAAAUAGAAUUCAUAACUUCAUAAGAUCCCCUACUUUAUAGGACUUUGGCUUAUUUCUUUGAAAUUAAGCUAUAAAAGGAUUUAUUGCACUAUUCUCUUUCUUUUCUUUUAUUAUUUUCUGUUUUUUUGCUUUAUGCAAAAGUCCCCAAGACCCCGUUUUGUCACCGCCCAUGUAUUAAAUGGGCCAGAGAAGAAAAUUUUUGUACGACCAAUAUGAGUUCCAGUAUAAAGUUGAAAUGAAAUUAAACGCAGUGACUCCUACGACGGGGUUAUGCGAAACUUUUGCAAAACAAUAGAACGUUGUUGCUAAAUCUCUUGUUUUGGUCUUAAAUUUGCCUUUGCCCUACCCCACUUUCCAACUUGCGUUGGAGCCCCCGAAGGACAUACGAUAGCAAAAUCACAAAAGCCAAAUGACCAUGAAAAUUUACAAUCCUUCUGUUAUAUGCAGCUGGGUGUAUCCCACCUGUCCAAUGAUAUGUAUAGUCAUCGUAUAAUAAAAAUCUUCGACUAUAACACCAUUUCUCUUCGUUAAUUUUAAACUUUAUCUUGAAUGGCGAAUUUUCUGCGGAAAACUGUUUCCUUGUAUAGUUCGUAUAGACGAGGCUAAACAUAACGUAAAUCAAUGUGUUUAAUAAGCAACACUAAAAAUUGGUUAUCAAAUAAAUGUUUCGUUUCAAGAAAUCGCAUUUGCUCGUGUCUUAAUAAAAGUGAUUAUAGAAAAUUCAAAUCAACGACUUUAGCAAACUUGUGCUUAAAUAUGACACGGGUUACUUCUUUGAGAAUCAUGCAAUUAAUCUUUAAUAGGGGGUGCUCUCUCCUCGAUUAGUUUGUCUAUUGAGAGAGCUCCUCCUUAAGGAAUUCCUCCCCAUACAAAACUCUAUAUAAAUUUGUUAUAUUACUGUAAUUUAUGUUAGUUUAUUUCAGAUAUAUUCGUUGUCAUUAAUUUGAAUUUUGUUUGAUGUGUGAUUUAAAAUGAAAUAACUGAGCUAUUUUGAGAUGGUGUCAGAUUUUAACAAAAUGUUUUCCUGAUGGCAAAGGACUUGACAAGAAUAUUCGCAAUUUAAUUCAAAAAAGGCCAAAAGGAGAAGAUGAUGUAUCCUAGGAGACCAUAUGUCAGAUACUUUAGGCUUUUUUCGUAGCGACGGGCCUGUGUAUAGAAAGCAGCCAAACGUUUUCACAUUUGGUUUUUGCCAGAAAGGCUUAAAUGUAUACCUGUUGGCUCGCAAUUAUUUCAAAACAAAAUGGGGCUAGUUGAGAAUAGAAAAUCUUAAUUACUAUCCCCUAUUGCAAAACACACUGUAGCAUUGUAACUUAAAAGAUAAUGUAGAAAGCGGGUAGAUGAAUGCUCAAGUCUUAUUUCAACUUACAAACACAACUACUGCUUUAUCAUAGAAAAUUAAAAAGGAAUGAAAAAUGUAGGCGAUAUGGUAUCUUAUCACAAGUUUAAGGCUGUGAUAUCAAUUGUGGUGACCUGAUAUUGUGUUUUAUCAAAACGUAAAUUACUGAAGCUUAACAUUUGCAAAAUAUUAGGAAGUUACUCUUGAUUCGAAAGAUUGGGAGAGAAUGUACAAGUUUUUAUGUUUUUGCUUUGUUUAUGCAAGUAAUUUUUGCACAAAAAAACUAAAAAGCCGGCAAUUAAUCCAAAUUCUAUAUCCAGGGCCAAAACUAUGUUUCGAACUGAUUAUCUUUCGGUAUUUGACACCAAGAACCCUUUUAUCAUUAUAAUUAUUUGGUUUAAAUCUUAAGCUUAGUUUACUUAACUUAUUAGGUUUAUAUGCUCAAUGCUUCAAAAUUGAUCCAGUUCUUUAAUGCUUGGAAAAGUACUUAGAUCUUUAAUGCUUCGAAAAUUACUUAGUUCCUCAAUGCUUCAGAAGACUCUUUAUUUUAAUCUUUGGUUGUCCCUUUAUCACUAUUUCACAAGAUUGCCGCUGUCAUAGGUCAGAUGGUACUUUCGACUACGUAUUUGUAAAAAAGGCCUGCAUCGACAUGUUCUCUUCUAGCCUUGCUUGCUACCCAAUAUUGGUGAUAAUGUUAGAGAGAUCUGGGUAAUACUGGCGUCCCUCGCUUAAGUCAAUUUCCCUAAUGGCUCAAGUUUGAGAAAGGCGAAUAUUGUUUGAGAGAAAUAUAUGUCUAGAUCUCUAAAAGAUCUUUUCUUUGUUUUCUUAAAAAACGUAAUCAUUAUCAAACUUUCUAGUUUCCUGUGUAAAUUUUGAGGAUGUUCUGAUACUCCUAAAUCAAACGACGAUACCGUAACAUCUAAGUUGUUUUAAACAUGCUGACAGCAAAAUAAUUUACGGGAUGGUAAGAGCACUUUUUCGAAAAUAUAUUUUCAAUUUAUUUUUUAUCUAAUACUCUUUAGUCAUCAUUUAUAGUUCGAUUCCAAGAAAUUUUAGUCUGAACUCUUCAACGUAAUGUAACUGAAUCUUCUUGCCUUUGCCUUUGUGAAACGUUAAAGGCAUUUGACACAGGUAAAAGUGGCUUAUAGCCACUCCACCACGAGCGGUUGACCAAUCAAAUUGCGCACAGAGAAAAACAUGUGAACAGUUUCUACCUUUCUGCAAAUCGGUGAAAUCCUAGAGCAGCGGGCAGUGGUUUCACGUGAGCGGUUUCCAAUUCCUUUCUUGUUCGCGUGCUCUGAUCAAUUUGGUCUAAGUUAUUUUUUAAUUCGCUGUAUUUAGCAUGUCAAAUGCCAUUAAAGUCGGGAUAAAGUAACUGGCCUUAUUUUAAGGAAAUUAUAUCGCUGUAAAACUCCUUUUCACUCUGCUUACCAGAUUGCGUCCUGGGUACCUGUGUACCAUACUUAAAAAAAUCUUUAAACGAUCUUUUUUAUAGCAAGUCUGGUGCCCAGGCUACUAUAUUUUAAAAUUACAUAAAUGUACCCGAGGCUGCGUGAAAAUGGGAAAAUAUAUGUCCUAAUGAGAUGUAGCAUUGUCCAAUAUUUAUAGGUUUAAACUACAAUCUAGGCGUGCCUUUUAAUUCUCUUGCUUUUAUAACUUAUUAUUUCAAAUUAUUUUAUAUUUGUUUACAUUUUAAUCUUAGCUACAUUUUACUAUAAACCCUGGUGAUUAUCUUAGAGCCACUUUAUCAUUGCACAAUUGCUUAUUUAUCAUUGCCACAUAUUGGAUUUUUCACUACACAGACUCACUUGUUUUAAUGGUGUCUUUUGACCUACAAGCUCAAGGUGGCUGUUCUCUCAAAGAAGCUUUUUGGUUUAUCAUGUUAAAAGAAACAUGUCGUUUUAUUGUAUCCCUUCAAUCUUGGGUUGUGAAGUGAAUGCUUUUCAUUGAAGAUUACUACACAUUUGGUUUUCAUUGAACCUUAAACAAGGCCAGAGAUUAAUAUUGCAUUCAUUCUUACGCCGUGCUUAUCAGCAGGAGCGGAUCCAGACUAUAGCAACUGUAGCUUGAGCUAUAGUCAAAAUCUCAGUGUUUGAUUUUCGGAAUUCACAUUUGAAAGCAGCGGUAUAGGUUAUCAAAUGCGAUUAACAAACAUGCACUGCUGGCAAUGUGUCAUCACAAUGCCUCUCCAGAUAAGAUAUAAAACACUGAGCGCAGAAUGGUCUA